AUGCCAGCCUCGGCUCUCUCCUCCAGGGCUGUGUCCGGCGUGGACGCCGACCCCAACUUGGUGCACAUGGAGGCGCAGGACCUGGGUGGAGGGUUCCGGUACCUCACCUGUGUGAUCCACAACUGCUCCGGGGAGACGCCCGCGGCCGCGGGCCCGGUGGACGCCGGCUCGCUGACCGUGCAGGAUGAGUACAUCUUCUUCAAGGCUACGUCCACAAACCGGACCAACUACUACGUCUCCUACCGCCGCGGGCCCUUCGUCCUAAUGAAGCUGCCCAAGUACGCGCUGCCCAAGGACCUGCAGAUCAUCAGCACGGACGAGAACCAGGUGUUCGUGGCGGUGCAGGAGUGGAACCAGGCCGACACCUACAACCUGUACCAGUCGGACCCGCGCGGCGUGCACUACUCCCUGGUGCUGGAGCACGUGCGCAGCUCGCGGCAGGCCGAGGAGAGCGUGGUCAUCGACAUCCUGGAGGUCCGAGGGGUGAAAGGAGUCUUCCUGGCAAACCAGAAGGUUGAGGGCAAGGUGACAACACUCAUCACCUACAACAAGGGCCGAGACUGGGACUACCUGAGGCCGCCCAGCACCGACAUGAACGGGAGACCCACCAACUGCCAGCCGCCGGAGUGCCACCUGCACCUGCACCUGCGCUGGGCAGACAGCCCCUAUGUGUCAGGCACUGUGCACACCAAGGACACCGCCCCCGGCCUCAUCAUGGGUGCAGGUAACCUGGGCUCACAGCUGGUGGAGUACAAGGAGGAAAUGUACAUCACGUCGGACUGUGGGCGCACCUGGCGGCAGGUGUUCGAGGAGGAGCACCACGUCCUCUACCUGGACCACGGCGGCGUGAUCGCGGCCAUCAAGGACACCUCCAUCCCCCUCAAGAUCCUCAAGUUCAGCGUGGAUGAGGGCCUCACCUGGAGCACGCACAACUUCACCAGCACUUCGGUGUUCGUGGACGGGCUGCUGAGUGAGCCCGGCGAGGAGACGCUGGUCAUGACGGUCUUCGGCCACAUCAGCUUCCGCUCUGACUGGGAACUGGUCAAGGUGGACUUCCGGCCGUCCUUCCCAAGGCCGUGUGGAGAUGAGGACUACAGCUCCUGGAACCUCACGGACCUCCAGGGUGACCACUGCAUUAUGGGCCAGCAGAGAAGUUUCCGGAAGAGGAAGUCCACAUCCUGGUGUGUCAAGGGGCGGAGCUUCACGUCGGCCCUCACUUCACGCGUGUGCCAGUGCCGGGACUCCGACUUCCUCUGUGACUACGGCUUCGAGCGCAUGCCCUCCCCGGAGUCUGCAGCCGACAAGUGCUCCGCCAACUUCUGGUUCAACCCCUUGUCACCUCCCGAGGACUGCGCCCUGGGCCAGACCUACACCAGCAGCCUGGGGUACCUGAAGGUGGUGUCCAACGUGUGUGAGGGCGGCGUGGACCUGCGGCGCAGCCCGGUGCAGCUGCAGUGCCCGCUCAUGCCGCCCCGGGGGCUGCGGGUCCGCGUCCGCGGCGACGCCGUGGCCGUGCGGCCUGGGGAGGACGUGCUCUUUGAGGUGCGGCAGCAGCAG